AUGUGAGGCGGUCGUGUGCGGUGAACACAACAACAGAGCCGUUCAGCCAAUCACGUCGUUCUCCUGACCUUCCCCUGCGCAGCGCUCCGCUGCUGCAGUCUGUGUUGUUUUAGCAGUAGGCGUGUCAGGACGAGACGUGCGAACAUGCCGGAGGUUCCGUCCGGAGCCCCGGAGGUGUCCCGGAAAAGAGGCGCAGAGCCCGGAACGCUACCCGAACAUGGCCCGGAGAGGAAGAAGGCCUGCUGGGGCAUUCUGACCAGCCAAGGGUCCUGGGCAGAUCGCUCACCGCUCCAUGAAGCUGCUUCUCAGGGUCGUCUGCUUGCCCUGCGCACUCUGCUGGCCCAGGGAUAUCACGCCAACAUUGUCACCAUCGAUCAUGUGACCCCUCUUCAUGAAGCCUGCCUGUCGGGACAUGUAGCCUGCGUCAGAGCACUAAUAAAUGCUGGAGCUAAUGUGAAUGCUGCUACCAUCGAUGGUGUCACUCCUCUGUACAACUGUUGUGCAUCCGGGAGUGUCAGCUGUUUGGACAUACUGCUGCAGAAUGGAGCACACACACACACGCCACACACACAUUUCCCAUCGGCACUGCAUGAAGCCUGCAAGAGAGGUAGCAGUCAGUGUGUAGAGUCACUGCUGUCUCAUGGAGCAGAUCCAGACUAUGAAGUGUCUCACCUGGGCUCUCCUCUCUACAUGAGCUGUCUUCACCGACACACAGCCUGCACAAAGAUCCUGCUGCACAGAGGGGCAAGUGUUAAUGUAGGCAGGGGAGGGGACAGUCCUCUGCAUGCAGCUGUCAGACAGGACAGUGCUGAUCAGGUUCCAUUGUUACUGGACUAUGGAGCUGAUGUCAACCUAAGAGACGGUAACAAUAAACGACCUGUAGAGCUAGCACCCCCUGGUGGAAGAACACAGCAGCUGCUACUGGCAUUUGAAGUAUCUCCGAGGAGUCUCUGUCAGUUGUGUCGUCUCCAGAUCAGGAAUCUGAUUGGUCGAUCCAGACUGAAGCAGCUCCCCCACCUUCCUCUACCUUCCCUGCUCACUCACUACCUGGAGCACACGUAGAGGGCAUGCAUGCAACAUGAGUGGAAAGAUUUCUAUAACAUUUUAAAUUUGGAUGUGCCAAGCCCCUAAUUAACCACAUUUCAUAACAUACCAACACCAUGAUUUAUGCUGUGUAGAACAGUAAGCCUGUGUAUAUUCUCAUUUGUCCAGGUCAUAGUAUCCUAAAGGGGUUUUUUAAAUCGAAAACAACUGGUAAUUCGUGUACGCAUCUGACCAGGCUAGGACUGGUCCUAGCCUGGUCAGAUGCGUACACGAACUGAUGAAGCCUCUUGGAUGAGAGGUGAAACGUCUUCACAGACAAAUAACCUAGUCCAGUUGUUUUCGAUUUAAAAAAUUCCUUUAGGGGCUGUGUAGAACACCAUUACUGUUGUAACAAAUACAGGUCAUACAUCGCCUUGUGUUGCCAUAAUUAUCACAACCUCUCUCUAUGUUAAUGUCUGUGCAGUGGGACAUAUUUUUCUGACUGAUAGUAUCAGCUGAUCCACACGCUGAACUCACUUUGGCUCUAGAUGUUGGUUUUGUGAAUACUGUGAAUUUAUUUUCCACUGGCAAGUGCUGGCCUUCAAGUAUCUGUAUGUAUAUGUAAAUACCAAUAAAUGAUGUGUGACAUGA